AUUUACUGAGGGUGGCUUAAGAUGAAAAAAUCUAAACUCAGAGAUUUCGACCCCGAAUCCCUCCUCGAUCCCGCACCCGACUCCAGUGACGAUGAAAACUCAGCUUCCGGCAGUGAAGAAGAUAUACAGGCUGGACGGGAGCACUACACCGAUGUAUUGAAGAGUAAAUUGAGGAAGCGGGAAGUCGUACCUCUGGGGCCGCAAUAUGAGGGCUCGAGGAUUAGCAGAGACGCUGCGGAAGAUGAGGAUAGUGAUGAUCCAUUUGCGAGGAGAUUUGAUGUUGAGGACAGCGAGGAAGGCGAGGAUGAGGCGGUUGGGAAAAUAUUCAAUGGGAAUGGGAGUGGUAUUGGGUAUGGCGAGGGAAACGACGAAGAUGAGGAGUCACUUGACGAGAAUGAGAAGGGAUUUGUGGAUGAAGAUGGUGCUUCUGACGAAGAAAUGGAUAGCGCAGACCAGGAUAGCGAGGAUGAAGAUGAUGUGGAUGAGGGCGAGGAAGAUGCUGAAAGUGACUCAGCAGACGAAACCGCUAACCGGAGCACAAAACUCCGCGAGAUGAUGAAAGAGCAGAGCAACGUAACGGCCACCAUAUCACGAGCCGCAAAAGCGGAUGUCGAGAAGGGCCAGGCUGUCAAAGCUCAGAGGAAAGCAUUCGACUCCCUUCUCAAUACCCGAAUCCGAUUGCAAAAGGCCUUGAUCUCUACCAAUUCUAUGAGCUCAGAAACAUGCAGCAAAACCACCGCCUCAGACUCUGCGAUCUCAUCCGCAGAAGCCGCCGCCCUCACUCUCCUAAACAACCUCACCAACCUCCGCGCAACCCUAGACUCCGCCCGAACAGGCCAAAAGCGUAAACGACCAGCCCCAUUCACAUCCUCAAGCCCCUCCAACAAAAUCUGGUCAAGCAUCUGUUCAGCAGAACCACCAAACCUCGGCCACCGCAAAGCCGUCCUAGAGAAAUGGUCUACCAAAACCAAAGGCGUUUCUCUCUCUAACUCAAAAGGGCGUCUAAACACUAGCGCCCAACAAACUCUCACCGAUGUACUCAAUUUUCAACUAUCCGAUUCCACACGCCUUGUAAAACGCACACAAAUUCCGCGGUCUUGUGCACCUCUCCAAUCCGCCGCCAAUGCCCCUCCAUCAGAACACAUCUACGAUGACGCAGGCUUCUACGGCCUACUCUUGAAAGAGCUCCUCGAGCAGCGUUCCGCUGAUCUUUCGACUGCUAGCGGUGCUGAAUUCAUCGUCCAAGCCCCAUGGCAGGUUGCACGCGAAGCUAAGACCAAGAAGAUCGUGGAUACGAGGGCGAGUAAGGGGCGGAAGUUGAGAUAUACAGUGCAUGAGAAGCUGCAAAACUUCAUGGCGCCGGAGGAGAGGGGAUCGUGGGGGGAUAGGCAGAGGGAGGAAUUGUUCGGGAGUUUAUUUGGUAGGAGGGUUGGGUUGGGUGAGGAGGAGCAGAGUGAUGGGGAAGCUGGGCGAGAGGGGGAUGAGGGCAUUGAUGUAGAGGAGGAAGGGUUGAUGUUGUUUCGGAGUUGA